AUGGAAACUCCAGAGGAUUCACCUGGGCAAGUUGCGGAGCAGUUUACUUCAAGGCCAGUUGCUUAUUUGCGAGAGCUCGAAGCAAAAGCAAAAGCCCUAGACAGCAUGCAGCCCGGUGGCUCGACUGCCACGAUCCGCCACCGCAGUUCCAAUGAUGAAGACGACGAUUUUGAAGAUGAGCAGCCUCUACUUGAGCCUUUUACUCAACUGAGCCUAGACAAGCCCUCCACAAGUUUCCAAGGCCCUGCAUCAGCAGACAACUUCCUUCGCAAUGUGAGAAAGCUGUCUGGCUUCCAGGGUGAUGAUGGGAGUCUCGACUUGGUGAACAAUUUCUAUGAGCCUGAUGCUCUGCCUUCACGGCGACAAGUCGUGUUCAGCAUUCGCUCGCGGCUGCCGCCCAUUGACAUGGCUCGACGGCUCUUUUCAGCACAGUACAUGUAUAUCGGCACCAUUUUUGCGUUUACUGAUCCGAGGGACUCGUUUGAGCGCUUGCUUGUUGAAGCUUAUAGCGGAUUACCGGAUCCUUCCGACAAGACGGCGUGCUUGGAAUACGCCAAGGUGCUCCUGAUCCUUGCCUUUGGACAGCUAUACUCGGUGAAUCAAUGGGUCGAUUUUCGAGGACCGCCCGGGUUCGAUUACUUUAGAGAUGCGCUGAAUCUGCUUCCCGAGACUCAUGAGGAAGGGUCUAUUCUUUGCGUUGAGACUUUGGCGCUUGCGGGAUACUUCAUGCAAAACAUGAACCGACGAGAUGCUGCGUUUCAGUACAUUGGCAAAGCUUUGCGCAUGGCCAUUUCACUCGGGCUGCAUCAAGAAGUGAGCCCUCACUAUAGCUCACAGCAGGGCCCGGUUCUAGACAAGGCGGAGAGAGAGCAUCGUCGGCGAGUCUGGUGGUCUAUCUACAGCUUGGACAGGAUUCUGUGCGUCAAGUCCGGUAAUCCCAUCACUAUUCAGGACGAGGACAUUGGAGUAGACAUGCCCUCGCUGCUCCCAGAAGAUGCCGAGUAUUGUCCUGCCGUGGUGCUGCGACAUUACACCGAGCUGUCUCGCAUUCUCGGCCAGAUUCACAUGACGAUAUACCGCAGAUCCAACAAAUCCGCACCAAAAUCCGGCAAGAGCCUCAUGGCGUCGGUGCAGAGCAUCAUUUUUUCUCUUUCGAAAUGGAAUCGCGAGCUGCCCGAUGAGCUGCGUUUCGACCCUGCACAGCUGACUUUUAGUCGCGAGAGUGUUGGGGCAUUUGCACACUACUAUCAGUGCAUCAACAUGACUGUACGACCGCUGUUAUUUCAUGUGGUCCAGAAGCGUUUGAAGGCGAUUCGAAGCGGCGAUGGUCCGGCUGAGAAGGAGCGCGACUGGAAAGAAGGGCUCUCGCAGACGACGGUGAGAGUCAUUGACAUGUGCAUUGGAGCGGCGAAGGAUGUUAUCAAUAUGAUGGCCAUUGUGGCACAACGAGACUUGGUUGCAACAUAUGGCUACAUGGACGGGGAGCACAUAUUUUCCGCCACGAUUGUGCUCGUCAUGGUAUGCACGGCAUUUCCUGACAACGCCGCCAACAACUUGGCCAUGGCAGCUGGGCUUGGCCUGUUGAGGAACAUGGGCGAGCGAGGGAAUAGCCAUAUGGGCGCUCGGUAUGAGUUGCUGGCGAACAUUUACUCGGGCUCGAGCAUUUUCUCUCCCACAGCCCAUCAGCAGCAAUUCGCCAUGAUGACGCCUGUUUCUCAAACUGCCACGCCGAUGAAUGGCAAGGGAACGGUUACGCCGCGCAUAUCGAUGGCUCCAUACCCCAUCACAGAAUACAACACUGCUGUCGUAGGCGGUGGGAAUGGACCGUUCACUUUUCCGGCGGUCAAUAACGAUGCACUGAACGAACCGUUUUAUGACGAGAGCGUGAGCACGGGCAUGGAUUUUGGGCUUUGGGAAGAGGGAUUUGCGUAUCCGACGAUGGAUUUAGACCUAGAUUUGGCGCAGCGCACAUCGACGGUUGGGGGAACUGGCGGGCCAGAUAUUCGCGAGUGGAUGAUUGAUUUCAUGGGGCAGGUUGCAAAGAUAUGCCGCUCGAUUCCCAUCUCCACAGUCUUAUCUCCGACCAAGGAUCAUGUGUUCAUCGGAAACCCACAAGAGUUGAUAUCGAAACGAGGCGCUGCUAUCAACUGCUACCUCAUCCAACCCUUUACUUCAUACUGCUUGCUACCGUACACGAGUAAUGUGAUAGACAUGCAAUGCGACAUCAUGAUUGUCACCACAUCUCCACUGUCAACGCCAUGUUCCCAGACGUCUUUCGUCUUACUGACCGGCUGUCCAUCUGCCUAUCUCCAACUUCCCCGCACAAAGCUAUCCUCUUCUCCUCCUAGUUCUUCACCAGAAACCCAAUCGCCACCUCCAGGGGUCGGUGAGGGUCUCCGACCAGCCCCGCAACCUCCACUGUCUUACUCGAUUCUGGAGGCUAUCAAGCUAUCUCGGAUGCUGCUAUCGGUGAGCCAGCGACGAACUAGGCAUGGAGGCUGGAGUCAUCCCGUUAUAAACAUGGCUUCAGAACCAGUCGAUGUGAGAUACGACGACGACAAGAAGGGUCCGUCUUCCAGCGAUGACUUCCCUCGUGAUGUUGACGAGUCAGCCUCGUCCAUUCCGCUGCUCGACCCUCAUGCCGAGAAGCGCCUGUUGUUGAAGCUGGACACUUACUUUGUCCCCAUCAUCAUGCUCGUCUACCUGACUUGUUUCCUCGAUCGAAGCAGCAUCGGCAACGUCAAGGUUGCCGGCAUGCCCCAAGAUAUCGGCGCCAGCCCGAAGCAGUUCUCGACGGCGGUUUCCAUCUUCUAUGCGACCUACGUGGUGUUUGAGCCCCCGUGGAGUAUCCUGAUGAAAUGGGUCACGCCACGCAUCUUGCUCACGAGCCUCUGCACUGUUUGGUCUCUGACGACAAUCUUCUCGGGCUUCAUCCACAACGUAGCUGGAUUGUAUGCCGUGCGACUCAUUCUCGGCGCCUGCGAAGCCGGACUCUUCCCUGCGCUGAACCUGUACCUCACGAUGGUGUACAAGCGCCACGAGCAAGGCAUAAGGGUGUCGUAUCUGUUUGUUUGCACGGCGAUCUCGGGUGCCUUUGGAGGAUUGCUUGCGUUUUGCAUUCUCAAGAUGGACGGCGUUGCGGGCUAUGCGGGUUGGAGAUGGGUGUACAUCAUCGAAGGCAUCUUCAGCUUCAUCGUUGCGCCGAUUAUCUGGUUCGGAUUGCCCAACGAUCCUUCCAACGCCUACUUCCUUAGCGAAGAAGAGAAGGCUAUGAUGAAGGUUCGUGAGUCACAGCGGGCUCAGUACAUGGGUAGCGAGGAGUUCAGCUGGGAGGAGAUUCGGAUUAGUCUCAAGGACCCGAAGCUAUAUCUCAGUGCCGCCAUUCAAUUCUGUCAGGAUAUUCUCCUGUACGGCUUCAGCACAUUCCUCCCUUCCAUCAUUGUCAGCAUGGGCUACACUUCCAUCCAAGCCCAAUACCUCAGUAUUCCGGUGUUCUUGUUUGGCGGUAUAUGCUUCAUUGCGUUUGCCUAUAUUUCGGACCGGACUUGUAUUCGCGGGCCAAUGGUGUUUCUCGCCAACAUUCCGGGCAUCAUCGGCUACAUACUUAUCCUCUGCCCUACGAGCAACCCCGUCAAGUUCUUUGGCACGUUUCUCUGCGCCGUUGCAGUUUACAACGGCCCUGGAUUAAACCUGACGUGGCUCAAUGUCAAUGUCGCGCCGCAUUACCGCCGUGCUACCUCGAUUGGAGUGCAGCAAGGUCUUGCAAAUACGGCUGGCAUUGUCGCAGGACAGAUUUACAGGACCGCACCGUUUGUCCUGGGGAAUGCCUUCUCUGUGGGCGCGCUGGGAGUUUCGCAGCUGCUUAUUGUUGCCAAGUGGUUCUAUAUCCGGCACCGCAACAGCCAGAAGGAGAAGAUUGCCAACGGGGAGAUGGAAGACACUCGAAAGGUCCAGACUGGAGACCGGGCUGUUGAUUUCAAGUAUCACCUGUGA